UUAUAAAUGUUUGGAUUUUAAGCUCUCAGUUGACUCAGUAAGAAGAGACAGCUACAAUGGACCCACUUGUGGGCCUGGUGCUCUGUCUCUCCUGUUUGCUUCUCCUUUCACUGUGGAAACAGAGUUCUGGAAAAGGAAAACUUCCACCGGGCCCCACACCUCUGCCAAUUAUUGGAAAUAUGCUGCAGUUGGAUGUGAAGAACAUCAGCAAAUCCUUAAGCAAUCUCUCCAAAAUCUACGGCCCAGUGUUCACAGUGUACUUUGGCAGGAAGCCCACUGUGGUGCUGCAUGGAUAUGAGGCAGUAAAAGAAGCCCUGAUUGAUCAGGCUGAGGAGUUCUCUGGCAGAGGAAGUUUUCCACUGGUUGAAAAAGCUAACAAAGGACGAGAAGGAAUCAUUUUCAACACUGGAAAUGGAUGGAAAGAGAUGCGGCGCUUCUCCCUCAUGACCCUGCGGAAUUUGGGGAUGGGCAAGAGGAGUAUUGAGGACCGUGUUCAAGAGGAAGCCCACUGCCUUGUGGAGUUGCUGAGGAAAACCAAUGCAUCACCCUGUGAUCCCACUUUUAUCCUGGGCUGUGCUCCCUGCAAUGUGAUCUGCUCCAUUAUUUUCCAGAAUCGUUUUGAUUAUAAAGAUCAUAAUCUUAUUAACAUAAUGGAAAUGUUUGAUGAGAAUGUCAGGAUUCUGAGCUCUCCAUGGAUACAGCUCUGCAAUAAUUUCCCUGUUCUCCUUGACUAUUUCCCAGGGAGUCAUAACAAUAUAUUAAAAAAUUUAUCUAAUGUAAGAAGUUAUAUUAUGGAGAAAACAAGGGAACAUCAAGUAUCCCUGGACAUUAACAAUCCUCAGGACUUUAUUGAUUAUUUCCUAAUCAAAAUGGAACAGGAAAAACACAACCCACAGUCAGUGUUUACUUUGGAAAACUUGGCAAUCGUGGUAUCUGAUUUCCUUGGAGCUGGAACAGAGACAACAAGUACCACCCUGAGAUAUGCUCUUCUACUCCUGCUGAAGCACCCAGAAGUCUUAGCUAAAGUCCAGGAAGAGGUUGACCGUGUGGUUGGCAGAAAUCGGAGCCCCUGCAUGAAGGACAGGAGCUCCAUGCCCUACACAGAUGCCAUGGUGCAUGAGACCCAGAGAUACAUUGACCUUAUCCCCAACAACCUCCCACAUGCAGUGACUUGUGACAUUAAAUUCAGAAACUACCUCAUCCCCAAGGGCACGACCAUAGUAACAUCUCUGACUUCUGUACUGCAUGAUGACAAAGAAUUCCCCAACCCAGAGAAGUUUGACCCCAGACACUUCCUGGAUGAGAAAGGCAACUUUAAGAAGAGUGACUACUUCAUGCCUUUCUCAGCAGGAAAACGGAUGUGUGCAGGAGAGGGUCUGGCCCGCAUGGAGCUGUUUUUAUUCCUCACCACCAUUUUACAGAAAUUUACCUUGAAACCUGUGGUCAACCCAAAGGACAUUGACGUCACCCCAAUUGUCAAUGGAUUUGCUUCUGUGCCGCCUCCUUACCAGCUUUGCUUUGUUCCUGUAUGAUGGAAGAGCAGACCUUCUGGCUGCUGAUGUUCUGUCAUCUACAACUCACACCCCGCUGGGGGCUUUGUUCACUUCCUUCCCAAUUCACCCUCUUCCCAGGAAUGCCUUCUCUGACCUGCCCUCUCACAUCUCCCCAUUCCCUCCAGUGAGCAUCCAACCUCCAUUAAAGAAAGUUUCCUGAGUUUCACUUCACA